CUGUACAUCAUUUCUUAGAUAAUCCGAUUCUUUUCGCAUACAACCAAAUCUCAACAACUCUCGUGACGGGAAAUCUUUAAACGUUCUUCAUGAAUAUGUAUUGGUUAAUCCCAAUGUUUCGGGGUUUCUGAAUGAUCUAAUUGCUGUAGUUUCUGAUUGGAAGCUACUCAGAUCCCACUCCGGCCGGCUCGGAGCCAUUGGUCGACCUCAUUCCCCAGGUCUCCAGUCUGUCCAGUCCUCAGUCUCCAGUUUCCAUUCUCCAAGGAAUGGCAUCGCCAGGCGCAACGGCCGCACCUUCACCUACGGUCUUCGAUAAUUCGAGCGUGUGGCCAUUCACUUCUUGGACGGUACAACACCUUAAGGAUUCUGUUAAUAACGUCACCAGAUUCGCUCCUUCGAUCGAGGACCUUAUUCUGGCCGGACCUAGGAUGCUUACCAAGCUUGGCAUCUUAUCCCUCCCAGAUGCUGUUGAUGGCUUCGGGCAACGAGUCAUAGCCGACCCAACUUCAUCCGAAUACUUCAUAGCUGCCACCACAACCGCGACCGAAAUGCUGACCCAAGUAUCCGAAGCCGCCGCAAAUGUAGUGGAUGUGUUGGAGAAUGAAGAUCAGGACCCCGCCGUCUUGGUCUCCAAAUUCUCGAGCGAUGGUACUAAAGGUCUGGGGAGCGUUUUCAGCUAUGCCACUAGUAAAUGGGCACUGUGUUGCGUUGCUAUGGCCAUCAUCCUUAACCGCACACACAUCUUCGCAGCCUCACGAAGAAGACUAUUUCUGACAUGGCCUAUACGACUCUUCCUCCGAAUCUUACCUAUUAUUUUCUUCUCAUACCAAGCUCGACUACUUCUACAAUCCAUAAAAUGCCAGACGUCGCCCGAUUUCGCCGAGUUGCGCUGGGGUAAUUCGAGCAAGACAUCCGAUCUCAUGUUCGCCCAACCUUCAACAUAUCUACAUGGACUCAGCACGGUUUUGCUCUUAGGUGCCACCGACUAUGACAGCUGCCGUGCUGUUCAAAUGGUACCCCCAAGCACUCUCGACUAUUCAGACGAGCUGCGGGGCUCCUUGUCUCUACUAUGGCCGCUUUUUGGGACAUUAUGUGCAAGUCAUUUCUUGGAGACCGUUUCUUGUGCAGUACAAGGCCGCCAGGUCGCUGUCGAAACUGGAAUGACACUUUUUGAACACUCGUUAGCAUUCGCCGAAGCAGACGCUGCUAUUAGUAACCAACUUGGCUGGGGUUUGUUUUCGAGUGGUGGUCCUUCCAAUGUGACGUACCAGCACGCCUCGGGGGCCAGCAUUGCUAUUUCUAGAUCUAUGAUUAUGAGACGGGUCAACACCCCCCCUGAAGUACUGUUGGUAGCUUUCCUCUCCGCUAUGAGCCAUAUCACCAGCCAUGUCUUGGGCGUCUUCAAUCUUCAGAGUAAGUUUCGACUUGUCAGUACAGGCUUCUGGGCGAUGUGUUUCAUGGGAAGCAUCGUCAUAGAAGCACUGGACUUUUCACUCGACAGCCCAUCCAACAUGGGCCUCUUUAAAUUUCCUACAGUCUGUAUUAUAGGUUUCAUACCUCAUGUCAUGGUCUUCUGUGGUACACUCAUUUGCUUCAGCAUCUAUGCUGUCGCUCUAUUCCUUUCGGCCCUGCAGCCUCCGGAUCGGUUAGGUGCUGCAGGGCGACAAUUGACGUUCCGGGAAAGGCUGGCACUUGCACAUGAAAAUAUGCAAGCUAACAUCUCGCUCUCUGACAUUCGUAUCUCUCGGGAAAUGGACUUCUAUACGGCGUUGCUCAGGACGGGCUUCGGUGUCAUAACGAUGGCAAGCGAAGCCGUCUAUUUGAAUGAGGAUCAUGAUAUUAACUUAAAGAAUCGUACGUGGCUUGAAGAUGAAAGACUUAAGGAACUCGAAUCGUUACGUAUGCAAUGGGCUGGCUCGGGACUAGGUGCCACGCGGUAUGAUUCUGUUGGGACUAUAGGGAUGAUCCCAAUCAAGGACGGGCAGCUUGGGGCCUCAAGCGGAUACGCGCGAGAGCGAGCAGCGCAGAAAAUACCCAAGACGCGCAUGGGGGAGAAGCGAGCAAGAGACGGUGUCGGUGCCUCGGAACGUAGUUCGCGUUGGCUUCUAGCCUUGGAAUUCAUGUUGAAAAUCAACAAGCUUCUGCUGCGAUGGGCUGCGCUUCUUUUCCUGAAGGCAUUGUCACGUAUCGGAGUAAGAAUCCAACCACAACUCCUGCUCUGGCUGUCUGGUGCGCAGAAGAAAGACAAGAGAGACGAAGCGCAACCUGCUGGCGAUCGGCGACCCUCACUUCUCGGUAGAAAUGGGAGGAGUGGCAGAUUCUAUAAUGAUGAGACUGCUGACGUGGAAGCUGAGGUACGGAGGCGUCUUAGAAGACACCCCGAGACAGCCAACUUGCCAGACUCAGAGAUAGAUUCGAGGCUGUACUCGUCUUGGAAAUUUGGAGAUCUGUGGGGUUCUGUUGAUACGAGCGGCGACUGGGAGCCGGAUGAAGGUGACGAUAAAUGGGAUACGACAAGUAUGAUCCACAGUGUCAUUGGAGACAGUGACGAGCAGGAUCAGUGGGUGGACGAAAGCGAAUACGAAGACGGCGAUGGCCAGAGGACGCCUACCCAAGCGUCUCGGCAGCUUUCGAUCUCGCGGGAGUCAACCCCCUUCGACCAACCCUUUGCCAUGGAUGAUCUCGCUAGACUCCUACGUCCUACAAGUCCGGAGGAGCGCCGCGAAGCGCAUGCACUUGCCGCACAUUUGAUGUCUGACCGUAUAGUAACGCGUUCUCAAUAUGCACGCAUGCAGCAGAAUCAGCGCGGACGCCUACUCCUCGACCCUCACGGCUCAAAUACUAGAAACAAGCUGUCGGAUGAAGAGGAGGCCGAGCUUUUAGAGGACCUCAUCAUAACACGACGUACCGAAGCCGCCCGGGAACGACGCGAUCGACGCAAUCAGAAUACCACCAAAGCCAAUGACGAGGACGAUGGUAGGGGCGGUCCUCAGUGCGUGGUGUGUCAUUCUGCGCCUCGCAAGGUCAUCGUCUGGCCGUGCCGCUGUCUCAGCUUGUGCGACGAGUGCCGCGUCACUCUAGCCAUGAACAAUUUCGACAAGUGUGUAUGUUGUAGACGGGAGGUUGUGAGUUUCAGCCGGAUCUACGUGCCUUGAUGGUUUGGUGGACGUAGGUGCGAUGAGGAUUAGUCGAAUCGAAUCACAUCCUUCUUUCUUUGUACACAUUUUACCCCGGUUCAGCUUUGUUACUUGGGUCGAGGUACCCUUUUUUUUUCUCCCUUCCUUUUACAUCUAUCGUCUAUCGGCAUUGAACAGCAUCUCCUUUUCUUCUUCGAGGUUACGUACACAUGAUGGACGAACUCGAUUCAUGGAGCCGGCGCUGGGGAGUAUUAUGUUUUUUGCUUUAUAUUUGCAUUAUCAGGCCAACCGCUUCGAUACACACUUCUUCUCUCAUUCCAUGGUUUUUCUCUUUUUUUCUUCGGUCGAAGAUCGAAUAUGAGAUGUAAGA